AUGCAACCAGAAUUUCGAGGCAAACACUGGGUUGACUCUGGGGCCACGACGUUGCCUGAUCCUUCUGCCUUGGGACAGCAGGGCUGGGAGGAGAUUUUGUCUUUGGACGACAGGGAAGAGACGCAGACCAUGAAGAAAUUGAUUAGAAAUCAUCAGGCAAAAGGUGUGCCUUCUAACAGUACCGACUGGCCCCAGGGAAAGGAGGGAAAGCCCAAGAUAUUGGUACCGGUUACAUUCAGGGACGUGGCUGUGGUCUUCACCAAGGCAGAAUGGAAGCGGCUGAGUGCUGAGCAGAGGAGCCUGUACAGAGAGGUGAUGCUGGAGAAUUACAGCAAUCUGCUCUCAUUGGUGUCCUGCAGUUCCCCAGCCUCUUAA